AUGGAUGAUCAAAAUGAGAAUGAGAAUUCAUUGGAUAACGAUGGCUCAAAGCCGGAAAAAAUGUUUACCCUGAAAAAAUGGAAUGCUGUUUGCAUGUGGAGCUGGGACGUUGAAUGUGAUAUUUGUGCUAUCUGUCGUGUGCAAGUUAUGGAUGCUUGUCUACGCUGUCAGGCUGAAAAUAAACGAGAUCUCCCCGGCCGUCAAGAUUGUGUUGUCGUUUGGGGUGAAUGUAAUCAUUCGUUUCAUCAUUGCUGCAUGUCAUUAUGGGUCAAACAGAAUAAUCGUUGUCCCUUGUGCCAACAGGAAUGGUCGAUACAACGUAUGGGCAAAUAAAAGAGAAAGAAAAUAUUAAUGAAAUAAAUUUAUGAUUGAUUUCUUAACUUUUUAUUUAAAUUAA